AUAUCGAUCCUGAAUCUGAUCCUUAUUUUGAUGAAAGGAUGGGUAUUAAUAAAACAAAGCUUCUGCGACCGAAGAGGAUGAAUUUCCAGUUUGUGGAGGAAGGAAAAUGGUCACGAGAUGCUGAAUCAAUAAAAUUGAAGGGCUUCAUCCCAUGAUCCUCCUAUAUCUGCUUCUGUAGACAUAGACUCCCCUAAUAGGGUGUCUCAGCUCCGUAGUAAAUUUGGAGAAGCUCAAGCAAAAGAGCACAGGGCCAAACAAGCACAGUUGGCAAAGGCAAAGGCUGCUCCUGAUAUAAAUCCAAACUUAAUAGAAAUAACAGAGAGAGUUGUAAUUAAGGAAAAACCCAAGGACCAAAUUCCAGAAAUUGAAUGGUGGGACGUGCCUCUUCUGCAUGCUGGAAAUUAUGGUGAUAUUGACAAUGGAAUCAUAGGCGAAGAUAAACUGAAAAUGGAAAAGUUCACUAUUUAUGUGGAGCAUCCUCGACCAAUUGAACCACCUGCUGAGCCUGCCCCUCCACCACCUCAACCACUCAAACUAACUAAGCAAGAACAGAAGAAACUCCGGACACAAAGACGAAUAGCUAAGGAGAAGGAUCGACAGGAGAUGAUUAGACAGGGUGUCAUAGAACCGCCAAAACCAAAGGUCAAGAUUAGCAAUUUAAUGAAAGUACUUGGCACUGAAGCAACUCAAGAUCCUACUCGGCUUGAAAAAGAAGUCCGUAGUGCAGCUGCUGAGCGUGAACAGGCUCACAUAGAUAGAAACAUUGCACGCAAGCUUACUCCUGCUGAGCUGCGGGAGAAAAAGGAAAGGAAGCUGUUUGAUGACCCAAAUACACCGGAGACUCUUGUCUCUCUUUACAAGAUAAAUGAUCUCUCACAUCCGAAGUCCCGCUUUAGAGUUGAUGUUAAUGCUCAAGAGAACCGUUUGACUGGAUGUGCUGUGAUCUGCGAUGGUAUUAGUAUUGUUGUGGUUGAGGGUGGAAGCAAGUCGAUUAAGAGGUAUGGGAAACUUAUGCUCAGGCGUAUUAAUUGGAGUGAAGUUUCAAAAGAGAAAGAAGAAGAUGAAGAUUCAGAUGAUGAUAAGACUGUCAAUAAGUGUGUUCUGGUGUGGCAAGGAAGUGUUGCGAAACCCAGCUUCAAUAAGUUCAGCGUUCAUGAUUGCAUCACUGAAGCAGCCGGCCGUAAAGUUUUUGUGGAUGCUGGUGUUCCUCAUUAUUGGGACCUAGCUGUGAAUUACGUAGACGAUGAAGCUGUUUGACAUGUCUUAAAGUGUUUUUGUUCUUCGUUAUUGGCCUUAAUAAGGCCUUCUGGUGAGUUAUCAGUUUUAUAAUUUGCAUUUAGCAGUGUUUUAAACAAAAUAAUACACACGACAGAUCAAUUAGUGGUGUAACCCUUUUCAUGUUGGUUUGGAUAGGAUCCAGUCAAAUAUGUUAAUGGUUGCCUGCUAACAUUUGCUUAAAUUUGAAGCCUUUGUGAUUUGACUAUGUCUCCAUGACUCUGAUUUGAUAUACUAAUAUUUUAUUGAUCUCCCUUCCUACA